AUGGAUGCGCAGGCGCUCAUUGGCGGCGUCCAGCCUCUUGCUGGGCAGGUGUUGCCCGUGAAAACUGUGCAGGAGACACAAGCGCCGGAAGAGUUUGCCGAUGCUUUUGCUGCGGAAGUCAAUGUGAAAUGUGCUUCAAAGGUUAUCAAGGCUCUCGACUCGAAAUUCAACCGUGAUACCUCGUUAAGCCACCUCCGCCGAUUCGCAAAACGCAACCAGCUACCGGAAGCCCUGCAAUCCACCAUCUCCCAAUAUCACAAUCACAAUGGACACUCCUCGCAUACCAUCUUCGUCCUAAUCUCUCCUCCGAUACCCGACCUAGAUACUCUACAUACUCUCCUCGCCCCAUUCGCACCCGGGCCACCAGCGCCCGAAGAAGACCCUCCCACAGAAUCAUGCUCAUCGGACACUUCAAAAAUCCCCUUCUACCCUGUUCGCAUUCCGCUCCAACCACCCUUGAACGCUCGUCAAGCAGAGAAAUGGACAAAGGCUAUGUGGCCGGUGAUUUUCAACCCGGCUGCCCCGCGCGCGAAUGUUGCCCCGCCGCCGCAGAUUCUGAAUCGCGCGCUGGAUUCGAUCAAGCCGAGGGCUGGGUAUUACAUGGCGCUGGCACAGAAGCUGGCUGAUGAGGCGGAGCAGUCAGGAUUGGGGAGGAAUGUUGGUGCUGUGAUUGUUGAUCCGGCGAUUGAGGAGACGAUAGAGGGGGGAGAAUGGGAUCAGGCGGUUGUGGCGGUUGCAGGGGAUGCGCGGUACAGCCGUCUCGACAAGACAGAGCUGCAGCUUGGACAGGAGCCUAAUCCUGCGUCCCAGACGUACAAUGCAGAUUUGGAGGGAGGACCGGAACUGCAUGCACUGAUGCGUGCAGUGGACAUAGUCGCCCGCAGACGACGUGAAGACAACACCCCAUCCGCAACAGAUAAUGGAUACCUCAGCCCUCUGGAAUCGCAUUUCUUCUAUCAAUUCGACGCACCACUUGUCUCAGAUACCUCAGACAUUUCCCCCGUCCCCGAGAAACUCCAGAAAACCAACACCACCACCGCCCACUGUACCAAAACCGCUGAACCGGCCGUGUCAACUUCCCGAAUCCGUCCGCGCACAUUGGGUGGCUACCUCUGCACAGAUCUAGACGUGUACCUAUCCCGAGAACCAUGUCUGUGUUGCUCAAUGGGUGUAUUACUGUCGCGCUUCCGGGCGGUGAUCUUUCCGCGCAGGGGCCGGAUGGUUACUGGCGGGAUCGCUUCAGAGCCAGUCGUUUCGCCUGUUUGCGACGAUGAUGAUGCCGAUGACGAAGAAAAUGACACAGAACCGAUCGAAAACACGGGAGACAAGUCCAGGGAUACUAGGAAUAACAGGAAAUACUACGGGCUGCAUUGGCGCAAGGAGCUAAACUGGCGGGCAUUGGGUUUUGAAUUUGUAGAGGAUGCAGUCUCGUUUGAAAUGGGGAUUGAGGGAGAGGCUGGCGUUGCAUUUCAUGCGUAG